CCAUGACCAAGGUCUCAUACCAUGCAGGAGGCACGACUCUCUCAGUCUCAGUCAUGGCUUUUAAAGUGCCGGAAAGCAGAGCUCUUUAGACAGGUAGUGUCUCAGACUCAUACAGGUGUCAGAGCGCAGAGAGUCUAUGUAUCCAGGCUCAGCAGUGAAGUGCUGAGUGAACAGUGAUUACAGGCAGCUGAUAAACCUCUGAGGAGAAGAAGAACUUUCCACAUGGACCCCAUUAGUCCUGGCAGCGUGCAAUAUGAUCGCUGGAACGAGGACAACGUCAACAUGGACAUAGAAGCUCCACAGUCUACUGCGAUGAGGAUCUACAACACAGUGUGUAGCGGCAGCUCUGGAGUAGCAGUGAAGGCAGCAGGAGCUUUGGCUGCACUGGUGUCCAUUUACAUCCUAGGAUACAUCACAGGAUACUACAUCCAUAAGUGCGGAGAUGUUGGAUCCAAUUAGAUUCAAAACAUUUUCAGACAAAGCUCACCAAAAGCAGCACGUCCACAGUGAAGACUUUAACAGAAAUUCAAAUCAGCUUUUUCAGCAGGGACUGGGUAUGCACUUCCAUAAGAAAUUACACAAAUUUAAUAUUCCCCUACAGUAGAUAUGGCAAAUAAAAUGUCCGCUUCUGAUGCCAUUUUGUUUCUUUCAUCAACCUGGUGUGAUGACUUUCUAUACAUGACAUUGAAAGUUCUAUACAUGUUUGUAAAAUAUUUAUUGUAAUUAUUAUCUGUUGUCUUAAUAAAACUUCAAUGUUGCAACCAUG